UGCAGAUGUUCCCACAAUGACCACAAUUACAAGACAGGAUCUGAAUUUUGGACAAGUGGUAGCGGACAUUCUUUGUGAGUUCCUAGAAGUUGCUAUUCAUCUUAUUCUUUAUGUUCGAGAAGUGUAUCCAAUUGGAAUUUUCCAGAAACGAAAGAAGUACAAUGUUCCAGUGCAGAUGUCCUGCCACCCAGAACUCAAUCAGUACAUCCAGGACACACUUCAUUGCAUCAAGCCACUGCUUGAGAAGAAUGAAGCAGAAAAGGUAAUUGUAGUUAUCAUGGAUAAAGAACACCACCCAGUGGAAAGAUUUGUCUUUGAGAUUUCACAGCCACCUCUCUUGUCUAUAAGUUCUGACUCUCUGCUGUCACACGUGGAACAACUGUUGAGAGCAUUUUUAUUGAAGAUCAGUGUGUGUGAUGCAGUUUUAAACAGCAAUCCUCCAGACUGCACCUUUACAGUGCUAGUUCACACCAGAGAAGCUGCCACACGCAACAUGGAGAAAAUUCAAGUAAUCAAGGAUUUCCCAUGGAUAUUUGCUGAUGAACAAGAAGUACAUAUGCGUGACCCCAGGCUCAUUCCGCUAAAGACUUUGACAUCAGAUAUUUUAAAGAUGCAGUUGUACGUGGAAGAGAGAGCUCAGAAGGUGCCUUGAAAUGUGUGUGUUUGGCCUGUUUAAAACUCCAUCAUUGAUGCAGCUGGUGUAAUCGGAGACUUGCGUUUCUGUCUUGCAACGUGCUAGUGUGCUGAUGAUCUUGAAUUAAUUUGAAAUGAGCACUUACAGGGGGUUAUAUUUUGCAGUUAUAUGUCAAGCCCCUUAUGGAUAUCUGGACUUAUCAAAGACUGUGUGCCUGUGACUUGGUACUUCUUCACAUCCUCAUUAGAUGACUACGUCAUUUGCCUUUGAUCACUUGCCUGGAAAAAAUUACAUUUUUUUAUGUAUACAUGUUUGGACGUGUAACAAACUGAAAUGGUAAACUCAGCACUUGUUGAAGUAAGGACUAAAAAUGUCUUUCUGCAAUAUUCUAGUCAUUAAUACAAGGAAAAGGUAUUUGGAAUAUGUCUUAUGCAACAAAUAUCAUUCUUUCUUACAUAAGUUUUUGUUAUAAAGCAGUACUUAUUUUCCUAAUAAAACGGAGAAUGUGGUGCUGCCCUUCCAGUGUGUGACACUGUGUUACAUAAUUUUCUUGAGUUUACUGGACAGUUGCCACCUUUAUUUUUGAAAUUGGUUUUACUUAUAAAAUACUUGACCUGUUUGUGUUUCCUGUCCUUGCGAAAUAUUAUUGAUCACUUUGUCUCUCCCAUCCAUAUAGUUAUAUAUACUGGGGUAUAUUAACCACACAUUACAUCUCUUUGUAUACCUAGACAUUUACAGAUUUUUUCAUAUUGAAACAUAAUUGCAGAUUUUGCUUUCUUUCUGUGUUGCAGUAGCUUGAAUUACUUGGUGCUGUAUUUAUUCUUUAAGAAACUAUUUAAACACAGACCUCUGCACUGUGAACAAUGUAUGUUAAUGUUUUUCCAUUCUUCUGAAGCCUGUUGUUCGUAUGCUGUAUAUGUCUGUUGUAACUUGCAUGCAUCCAUUUGUCUGAGGCAUAUUAAAAAAGUUAAAGCAUAGUCGUAAUGGCUGUCAAGAUAAACAUGAAUUAAAAAAAAAACUGAUCUUUU